AUGGAAUGUAAAAGUCGGCUUUGCCAGUUGGCGCCUCCGACCCCCGAAAUCGCAUCCCUUGCGGGGAACCCCAACACGACAACCCCGCACGAGCAGAAAAAGCAAUACACCGCAAACAUGGACUUCUCCCUCCAAUCCCACAAAUCCUUCAUCGGCCGCCCGGCCUCCGACCUCCCCACCCCAUCCCUCCUCCUCAGCAAACCCAUCCUCCAACAGAACAUCCAAAGACUCCUCGACGACGUCAAGGACCUGCAGAUCUCAUUCCGCCCGCACGUCAAGACCCUCAAGUCCCUCGAAGUCACGCGCAUGAUGCUCGGCAACGGCACCCACCGACGCAUCGUUGCGUCGACGCUCAGCGAGAUCCGCGGCGCGAUGCCGCUGUGCCUCUACGGCCUCCCCAUCUACCCAAGCGCCCUCCCACGUCUCGCCCAACUCACCCCCUCCGUCCGCAUCGUCCUCAUGGUCGACAGCGAGCAGCAGAUCGCCGCCCUAGAGGCCUUCAACGCCUCCUCCGGCCACGCCCCCUGGCCCGUCUUCCUCAAGGUCGACGUCGGCACCCGCCGCGCGGGGCUGGAGCGCUCCGCGCCCGCCUUCGCCGCCCUCGUCCGCCGCGUCGAGGCCUCGCCCGCCGCCGCGGUCUACGGCUUCUACUGCCACGCGGGGCACUCGUACGGGUGCCGCGGCGCCGAGGCGGCGGCGGGGGUGCUGGGCGAGGAGCUCGAGGGGGUUGUUGCGGCGUCGGCGGCGCUGGGGCGCGAGAGCGGCCGGCGCGUGGUGGUGAGUUUUGGGUCGACGCCGACGGCGCAUGUGGUGGGUGCGCUGAGGGAGAAGGUGCCGCGGGAUGUGGAGUUGGAGGUGGAGUUGCAUGCUGGAAAUUUCCCCGCCAACGACCUCCAGCAGGUCUGCACGGGGCUGGUGAGCGAGGCGCAGCAGGCGGUGCGCGUGCUGGCCGAGGUGUGCAGCGUGUAUCCGGAGCGCAACGAGGCGCUGGUCAACGCGGGGACGGUGGCGCUUUCGAAGGAGACGAGCGAGGUUGCCGGGUUUGGGCGCGUGGUGGACCGGCCUGGGUGGGCGGUGGUGCGGACGUCGCAGGAGCAUGGGAUUCUGGGGCUGGCGCGCCCAGAGGCGAAGGGUCAGCGGGUGGAGGAGUGUUUUCGUGUGGGGCAGAAGGUGCCGCUGUACAUCCAGCAUGCGUGUAUAACUGCGGCGCAGCACCAUGUGUACUAUGUGGUUGAUGAGAACGAUGUGGUGGUUGACACGUGGGUGCCGUGGAAGGGCUGGUGA